UUGAUUUGAUAAAAGGGCUUUUUGUUUUUUUUUCCUGCACUUUUUUUGUGCUGCUGAAAUUGUAAGGAUUAUAAUUUUGAGGAAAAUUUGUGGAAAUAUUUUUUAUUUUAAAUUUAUUAAACUACUAAAAGUAAAAAAAAAAAAUCAAAUAAUUAGAAAUAUAAUUUUUAAUGCCUGAAAGAAUGAGCGGUCGUGAGGUAAGAAUUCGGAAAAAUAUGAGGCGAAGCCAUUUAAAGAAUUAAAUUGAAGCUUUUGCGGUUGCUACGAAAACCAAAAACAAAUUUAUUUAUUUCAAAUAAACACGCUUAUUUUACUUAAAUAUUGAUUUAAAAAUCUAUAACAUUUGCGAUUAAUUACAAGAUGCCAGCUCUAUUUGAAUUCGGAAAUAAUUCGAGAUCAAGUCCAUUACGAAAAAGUUCUUCUCAUUCACCUAUAAGGUCUUCAGAGAGGAAAAGACGCGAGAGAUCCAGAACGCGAUCCCGAAGUGUAAGGAAAUAUAAAAAACGUCAAACUCCCAGCAGAUCGAGAUCAAUAUCUCCAAGGCGUCGUAGUUCUCAUUCAAGAAGCCCAUAUAGUUCAAGACGUCGCAAUGAACAACGUCCACGACCAUGUCGGUGUAUUGGUAUUUUUGGUUUAAGUACAUACACCGACGAAAAUAAAAUUCGUGAUAUAUUUGAAAAAUUUGGUCCAAUUGAACGUAUACAAAUGGUUAUUGAUGCUCAAACUGGACGUUCUCGUGGAUUUUGCUUUGUAUAUUUUGACGACGUAGCUGAUGCUAGGGUAGCUAAAGAUAAAUGCUGUGGCUUGGAAGUAGAUGGCCGAAAUAUAAGGGUAGAUUAUUCAAUCACUCAAAGACCGCAUACACCGACUCCUGGUCGAUAUAUGGGAAAAUUAACUAGAAAUUACAAUAGAGAUUAUGCUGAUCGUAGAAAUGGUCGUUCUCCAUCACCAUAUCGUGAUAGCAGGAGACGCCGUUUUGAAAGAAGUCGUAGUCGUAGCUACUAUGAUCGAAGCCGAAGUAGAUCAUAUUCUCCAAGGGACAGAAGAAGAACCGAUCGUCGUUAUCGCUGAAAAAAUUGCGUAUAAAACUGAAGCUUUUAUAAUUUAUGAAAUGAUGUAUAAUCUUAUACGUAUAUUAGAUAUAAAACUUAAUUCUUUAUUAUUUUGAAAAACCCAAAAUAGUAUAAUCAAUUUUAUUGACAACAACUUUUUUUCUUAAAAAAAAAUUUCUAAUUUUUAGUUUACUUAAAUUUUCAUUUUUAAAAAUAAUAACUGAACAACAUUUAGAAUUUGCUUGAAUUAAUGGUUAUAGCAAAAUUAUAAUUUAAUUUCCAACAUAAAUAGUACAUCAAAAUUAAUUUUUGAUCAAGAAAUUGUAUAAAAAAUUAACUAUAUACCUAUAAAUUUAUCAUUAAUUUUUUUUGUUUCAAAAUAUCUUGUGGAAGAUAUCUUUUAUUUUAAAACAAAGUAAUAAUUUGUAAUAAUGAAUAUGCAGCAAAUGAGAGAAAAGGAAGACAAACUAGAAAUAUUUACAUUUGUAACCAUAGUUUUUUUUUCUCUUUAUUUUUUAAUAUUUAGUUAUCAAAUUAUGGAAUUUAGUUUAUAAUUUGUCGUCGUUGUUUCCAUUUAUUUCAAUGAGAUAUUUUAAUUAAACGUACAUAUGUAUAUCGAAUUUCUUAUAUUUUGAUAUGAGUCAAAAUAAAAGCGCAUUGGAGUUGAUAAGAUCUAUCAGAAGAAGAAUGUACGUUAAAACAGCAAUUACAAAAUUACAUUUAAAUCCAAUAAUGUAAUUAGAAUUUUAUGAUAUUUGCAAUAUUCUAUAAGUUUUCAUUUAAAAUUUGAAAUUUUGAUAGUUUUAAUGUUAUAAUAAAAAUUUAAAAACUGAAAUAUAUAUGUAAUUAUUAUUUUAAUGCAAAAAAAAAAAGCAUAAAAAAAUUUUGUUGUAACACAUAUUUUUUUAUUUUUUUUUUUGUGUGGGCGUUCAAUAAAAUCCAUUAAUAAUGCAUACAUAUAUUAGAAAAUGAAGUCAUUUAAAUAUAAAAUGUACAGAAACUAAUUCAUAA